GUGUGUGUGUGUGUGUGUGUGUGUGUGUGUGUGUGAGAUGAAGAGGAUGAGGAUGAAGAGGCUGGUUUUGGUGCUGACAUGCCUGUGGGCGUCGCCACCUUGCCUCGCCCAGGUGCGCAGCCCCAUGCCGGUGUUGUGGGUGAUGCCGGUUGCCACGGUGAUGCCGGGAGAGCAGAACGUGACGGCAGCAUUAGCGCCGGCAGUGUCGAUAGCGUUGGAAGACCUCCGGGGACAGGGGGGGCCCCAGAUGCACCUGCAGCUGCUGGACUCACAGUGUGACAGCGCCACAGCUCUGAAGGGUAUCUUCGACGCCAUGUGGGAGGAGCCUGGUCACAUGAUCAUCUUUGGAGGGGUGUGUCCCCAGGUGACAGCGGUGCUGGCUCAGUCUCUGCACGCCCUCGACAUGGUGCAGCUGUCCUUCACGGCGCUGCCGGCCGGGCCCCCCGCCCAGCGGCGCCCCCGCGGCCUGUUCAGCACCGUGCCGUCUGAAGCCGUCUUCAACACGGCGCUGGUCCGGCUCCUCCAGCACUACAGGUGGACCCGGGUGGGGCUCCUCACCCAGGAGGGGGCCCGCCCCUCCCAGGAGGGGGCCCGCCUCUCCCAGGUCCGACCGCCACGCCCCGACCACGCCCUUCGACCCCCGGGAACACUGACAUUGCAAAAAGAACAGCGUUUAGACUCAGAUACCAACGGUUACACCAAACCUGUGUCUUGGUGGCAGAUGAGGCAGAACCUGGUCCACCAGCUGAUGAAGGCCGAUGUCCAGAUUGUGGAAGCCCAGAGCGUGGGUGAAGACCCCUGCCUCAAGCUCCAGAAACUGAAGGACCGCGGCGUGAGGGUCCUAGUUGCCCAGGUGGACGAGGGGCCAGGCUCCAGGGUCCUGUGCUGUGCGUACCGGCUGAACCUCUUCGGGUCCGGGUACCAGUGGCUCCUGGCCAGCGGCCCGGGCCCCGUGUGGACGCUGGACCCGGAGGCGUCUGGCUGCUCGCUGUACGCGCUCCACGCGGUUCUGGAAGGUUCCAUCCGGCCCAGCCUGCCGCCGCUCGGCGACUCAGGCCUCAGAGGCGUCUCUGGCAGGACCCCGGCUGAGUACGAGCUGGCGUACCGGUCAGAUAUCCGCCAGCAGGGGGCGCCAGACGCUUAUCUCCACGGCUACGCGUACGACGGAGUCUGGGUCCUUGCCAGAGCCGUGAGCCUCCUCACGGAGCAGUUCAGACACCGGAAGCGGCACAGCCCCGACCGGAACCUCUCCAUCAACCAGGCGCAGAAGGCAGACAUGCUGCUCGCUGCUUUAAAGCAGACCCAGUUCGAGGGAGUCACCGGAACGGUCCGGUUCCACAACGGAGAGCGCGUGGCGGCCAUCGAGCUGAGGCAGUUCCAAGCGACCAGGGAGGUACUCGUGGGUCAGUACAACACCUUCACACAGGAGCUACGACUUUUUCCGGACCACCUGAAGUUUCCAGGUUCCGGUCCAGCUCCGGAUGGAUCCGGGGUCCGUCUGGAGUGCGGGAGCGUCGGUCGGGUUCUCUACGCCGUCGUCACCUCCGCUGCCGCCCUCCUCUUCAUCACCACCCUCAUCUUCCUCCUCCGCAGCUUGUCAGACUGCACACGCUAUCGGGGCCCGAGGGGCUGCGGCCGACCCCUGGACCCCCUCCUCCUCCUGGGCAUGCUGCUGGCCCUGUCCUGGGUGCCCCUGGCCGGGCUGGACGAGGCCCUGGCGCCCGCCUGGUGGUGGGACCCGCUCUGCUCUGUCCGCCUGUGGGUGCUGACUCUGGGUCACUGCGUGGCGUUGGGCGUUCUGACCACCAGGAGUCUGAACAUCUACAGACACCUCCUCCCCCGGCCGGGCGGCGGGAAACUGGAGGACAGAAGAACAUGCUGGCCGCUGGCUGCCAUGUUUCUGUUGGAUGUGUUGUUUUUAUGCUGCUGGCAGGCCCUGGAUCCUCUCAGGAGGGUGGAGCGAGUCUCAGAGAGCGGUGCAGAAGAGGAGCAGGACGGUGUCAGCGCCGACACAGACUGCUGCGUCAGCUCCAACAUGGACCUGUGGAUCACCGCCCUCUAUGCUUACAAGGGCCCUCUGCUGGGUCUGGCCUGUUUCCUCGCCGGCUCCCUCAGAAGCAGGACGGACGUCACGCGGGCAGUGACUCGUGAGGGCCACCGGGUGGCGCUGAGCGUGUUCGCGGUGGCGGCGAGCAGCAGCCUGGGGGCGCUGGGGUCCCUCCUCAGCUCCCAGCAGCCCCAGCUCCUCUUCCUCCUGCCCUCCCUCGCCGUCCUCGGCGCCGCCGCCGCGCUCCUGGUCUGGGGCGUCCAGGCCCAGGUCAGCCCCGCCCACGCUGAGGUCAGCCCCGCCCCCAGGCGCGGGCCUGCUGGCCCCAGGGGGGCGGAGCCUCGCGGUGAGGUGUCCUGCAGUGUUCCUCCAGCAGAGGGCGCCACUCAACGAAGCGCGGCAGAGAGCCAGGAGGGCGGGGUGCAGCGACUGACCACAGAGAACCAGGAGCUCAGGAGAAGAAGAAGACAGCUGGACGGAGAGAUAGAUGCCAUCACCACGGAGACUGACUCCACCCCCCCACCGGACCGACAGAUCUCAGACCACAUAGGCCACGCCCCCGGACGGGACCCCGCGCUGCGUCCGCCCGCUCCGUCCGGGGGGGGCUGCGUCCAGAGGUCCAGCACGGUGGCUCAGAUCAGCUGCCACAGCCCCCCCGACCCACCUGGACCCCGGGGGGGCUGCGGAGGGGACGGGGUCAACACCCCGGAACGCCUCAGGAGGAGGAUGUCCGUCCAGCUGCCCAUCCUGCACCACGCCUACCACCCCGUCAUCGGGGGCGUGGCCAGCAGUCACUCCAGUCAGCUGGAGACCCCCGAGGCCCCGCCCCCCCACCGCUGCACACGCCCCGCCGCCGUCAGCCAGGUGUAACCGUGGAAACGCCCGGUUCACCUGGCGCUCGGAAAGCUCCGUCUGACAGGAACACCUGAAGGCUGGUAGAUCCAGACGUCUGUAGUCCGAUGUCGCCGUAUUGUGAACUCUAACAAACACACAGACUGACAUUAAGGCCCAAUCCCAUUUCUACCCCUUACCCCUU